AAAAAGUGUUCCCUUCUGAAACUCCAAAUCGUAAUCUUAGAUUGUCGGCAGUACCCCUAAAGGCAAAUCUGAAAUUUUAAAAUAUGGAUUCAAGAAUUUUAAAGAAGGAUGACGACUCCAGCCAGUUGUUGCUAAGUCUGAAGGACCUGUUGCUGUGGCGUAAUUGCCGGAUAACACUGAUCGUCUUCACGAGCAUUCUGCUCCUGCUGCUGGACGUUACGGUCCACUCGGUGAUCAGUGUAGUUAGCAUGGCGGGAAUUACUAUACUCCUAGCUGCCUUCGGUCACCGCCUCUUGAUGCAGCUCCUGAAGGCUUGGAAGAAGGAGGGAAGCCAUGAUCAGAGCUUACGUUUGUAUGCUCAAGUGAAAAUCGAAAUUCCCCGGGAGGACGCUAUUAGACUUGCCGGGAAGGCCGUUCAUUAUCUGAACUCAAUUUUAAACCGCAUGAUGGGAUUGUUUCUGGUUGAGAAGUUGGAGGAUUCCCUAAAGUUGUUCGUAUUGCUCUGUGGUAUUAAUUUGCUUGGCGAUUGUUUCAACGGGCUAACUUUGAUACUUAUAGGACACGUGUUUAUUUUCACCCUACCAAAACUUUACGCAUCGUACAAGCCAAUAAUUGAUGUCCAGGUGCGGAAGUUCCGCAAGUGCAAGCAGAAGGAGGAUGAUACACCGGAAACUAAGGGCGAAAAGUCGGAAUACGUUGAAGAAGUAUAUCCAACGCAGUCACUAUAUGAGAAUCAGGAUUCCAAUGAGGGCAGCAUGCUGUAUAAAGUAUGCGAUAAUGAGCAGCUUCUUGAUCUUCUAGAGGCAGAGCACCGCAAAGGAUGUCGUUGCCGCGACUGCGAGCACCAGGAGUUGCCCGUCGAGGUGCUUUAAAUUCAAAGUUAUUAGUUAUCUGGUGUUAUUGCUCAAAAUUUGUUUUGUGGAAUUAAAAAUUGGUGUUCCACUCAGUUGGCAAUCAAAAAAGUUUCA